CCUGGGCCUACCUGGUUUGGGCACUGUCCUAACGAGUUCAAGAAAUAGUAUCAUGCAAGAGGGCAAGAAGAAUCAUGGCCCGAGGACAGAAUGCCACCGUGCUACGAUAUUGGGUGAAGGGUUGCCAGAGAGGUCGUAGCUGGUGCUGGACAAACUCCGCGUUUUGCUGGCCGUCCGGGGUCCCCACAUUACAGUAUACCUUCCACCCCGUGAACAACCAACGGAAAAGCAUUAGCCGGAGGAAUCUGUCGACCGAGGGACUCGGUCUCGGACAUGCUGGAAGCUCUCUAACAUGCUGGGCUUCCAGCAUGUCCGAUGUGUCUCGGUGCAUCAAAUGGUGAUAUAAACCGCUUGCAAGGACUUGAUGAAACAACUUGAGAAUGGGAACUCUCAUCAGGACUUCGGACACGGCUGUAGCAGAAUACUAGGCGCACUAUCUAUCACAAACAUGGCGGCACUCAACAACAAAGCUCUUACCGGCGCAACAGGUCAAGGCAGGCUUGAUGGCAAGGUCGCUUUGGUCACAGGCGGCAGCCUUGGGUUUGGAGCCGCUAUUAUCAAGAAGUUCCAGACCGAAGGCGCCCGAGUGGUCGCAGUGGAUAUCAGUCCCACACUUACUCAAAGUGUGAGUGAGUCUUACCCUGACGGCAGCGUAGUAGCGGUGAUUGGUGAUGUGUCAAGGGUGGAAACAUGGACCACGGCGCUCGACACCGCCUUGAGAAGGUUUGGCAAGCUUGACAUCGUGGUCAAUAAUGCCGGCGUCAUCUACGAUAACACACCCAGUCAUGAGGUCGAAGAAGCCGAAUUCGACCGGCUGAUGAGGAUCAACGUCAAAUCCUUGUUUUGGAGUUGCAAGAUCAUCGUGCCUUAUCUCCAGGCCCGGGGAGAAGGUGGAAACUUUAUCAAUUUGUCAAGUACCGGUGCCUCACGACCACGGCCCGGGGUGACAUGGUACUCGGCCAGCAAAGGUGCCGUCAGCAUCAUGACCAAGAGUCUGGGCGUGGAAUACGCUCCUAACAAAAUCCGAUUCAAUGCACUGCUCCCAGCAUUGGGAGAAACAGCAAUGCUACCUAAAGUCUUGGGCAAGGCAGACACCGCCGAGAACCGCGCACCCAUCCUGGCUUCCAUCCCCCUGGGCAGAUUUACACAGGGAACCGAUGUGGCCAACGCCGCAUGCUUUCUUGCCAGCGACGAAGCCUGUUUCAUCACUGGAGUCUGUAUGGAGGUCGAUGGCGGAAGAUGUAUAUAGUUGGUUCGAGGCCAGAAAUGUCUCGGUCCUCCGCGUCACAAGUCAGGAUAGUUGUCAGAGGCAGAACGUGAGAUUGUAUAUCUAUCUACGUAGCUGCAAAUCCACGGCUACAAAGGCGACAACACCGGAUUUUUGAAAUGUUUCUGGACCCAACUGGUCCGUAGGCGAUGAUGUGAUCGGUACAAAUCCUUUCUUGGAAGCCACAGCCACGAUCCUUCAUCGGACCUGUUCAUUGACCAGGCUGUUCUGUAGAGGCAUUGGCUUCGAGGACGGGAAGGAAUUGUAUAUCAUACUAGUAGUGAGCGCGCGAUGAGCAACCAGGAAGCCUUAGGUGGCAUUGCUGAACCAUAUCCUCGUCCGGCUCCUGUUUGCAUGAAAACUACCUACAUUCGAAUGCUUUAAGCAUCGUGCUUACCCCAAGAUUGCAACUGGUAUCGCCAGGUCUUCUAUGAUACUCA